GUUCUCCAGAUUCUAGCUACAUGUGCGCUGCCAAACCAUGUCCCCUGCCAGCCCUGUGUGGCUAAGAGUCCAAGUCCUACGGGUGCUGUGGGCACUGCUCGCGGUGCUACUGGGACCGUGGAGGCUGUGGGCAGUCAUCUACGAUUUCCACGAGUGCACCUGGCAUGUUGUCUUGAACAAGUUCCAGAGGGUGGGUGAGAACUUGGAGAGUGACCAAUUCGUUCAUCAAGAGCCCGUGGACACAGUGCGCGGUGUGUUCAACAUGUUGGUGGACUCACCCAUCGACCGGCGCGAGAGAUACCUGGGCUUUCCUUACUACCUGAAAAUCAACUACUCCUGCCAUGGACAGCACUCCGAGGACCUGGUCCGCAGUGGCCACCUGAUGGGGCUGAAGCCCCUAGUGCUGGUCACCUUUCAGGCCCCCGUCAACUUCUACCGCUGGAAGAUAGAGCAGCUGCAGAUCCAGAUGGAGGCGGCCCCCUUCCGCAGCAAAGAACCAUGCAUGGCGACGGAGGUGUGUGUCAUGAGCUGGUACACGCCCAUGCCCAUCAAGAACGGCAGCGUGGUCAUGCGCGUGGAUGUCAGCAGCAACGGCCUGGGGCCCAUCAUUCCCAGUAAAAGGUUCCACGUGAACAUCAAUGGCUUCCUGAAGAUGGGGGCAGACAACAGAAUCCAGUUCACAGUGGGAGAUGAGCUCUUUGAUAUAAAGCCCAGAUACUUUGUGAAUGUCUCGUCGAGACCCCUGUGGUACAAUGUGGACCAGUCACCUGUGCUAAUCCUGGGUGGCAUUCCCAACGAGAAGGCCCUCCUCAUGACCAGCACCAACUUCAGGGAAUUCUCUCUUGUGGAAUUGAGCAUUGACAGCUGCUGGGUAGGCUCCUUCUACUGUCCCCAGGCUGACUUCUCAGCCACCAUCUACGACGCCAUCUCCACGGAGAGCACGCUCUUCAUUCGGCAGAACCAGCUGAUCUACUACUACACGGGGACCUACGCCACCCUGUACGACAGCAGCCACAGCAGCGGCAAAUGGGUUCGCGUCCUGGCCAGCGAGUGUAUCAAGAGGCUGUGCCCCGUGUAUUUCAGUAGCAAUGGCUCUGACCACGUCAUAGCCCUGACCACUGGCAAGCAUGAGGGCUAUCUCCACUUAGGGACCAUCACGGAUGGCCUGGUGUCUUUUGAGUUGCUGCCCAGGAAUCAGACCACGUGCAAAAGGAUGUUAGUUGACAGAUGCUCCAUAAUCUGGGCCAUCUUCAUCCCGGGGCAGCACAUUCUGAUGAUGCUGGUGGAGACCCAGUAUGAUGAUUCAGAUCCAAAAUAUUACCAGCUGGCCAGCUACGACCUGAUCACUGAGGAGAUGACCAUCCACUAUACCCUACCACUGUUCAUCCCUGAUGCCCGGGGCUUAGAGUUCCUGAUGAUCCUCGGGACAGAGUCUUACACUAACACUCCCAUGAUCCCCAAGGGCUUGUCCUUUAACUUGUACAACAACCUGCUAUUCAUCUGGGGCAACUUCCUUCUGCAGAGCUACAACGCAGAAAACUUCAUCUACCUGGCGGACUUCCCCAAAGAGUCAUCCAUCAAGUACAUGGUCAAUUCAUUCCGAGGGGAUGUAGCUAUUGUCACGGAGACUGAAGAGAUCUGGUACCUCCUGGAGGGCACCUACCACCUGCACAGGAUCUUCCCAUCCCACGGCUGGGACAUCCACGUCAGCCUGCAGGUGAUGAAGCAGUCCUCCUUGUAUGCCUCCAAGGAGACCAUGGUCACCCUCUUCUAUGAAGAUAAAAAGCUGUACCAGCUGGUAUACCUUACACACGGCAAGCAGGACCACCUGGUCAAGAGGCUGGUGCCCAUGGAGAAGCUGCUGAUGUACGAGCAGCACAAGCAGAUCCACAGGAUGCAGGAUGGAAGUCGUCCGACGCUCUCCUUCAGCAACUUAUGCCCGUUCGAGGUGAUGCGCCUGGGGAACCUGCCGAACCCCCAGGCCUACACGCGCCAGGAGCGCUACCUGGCUCGGCCCCCGAUGGUCCUGAAUCCCUCGGGCUUCCACAGCGAGAAUUCCCUCGCGGUCUAUCAAGGUCUCGUCUACUACCUGCUCCGGUUGCACUCCAAGUACGACAAGCCUUACGCGGACCCGGUGCACGAUCCCACCUGGAGCUGGUGGAAAAACAAGAAACAGGACGAGGAUUACUACUUUUACCUGGCGAGCAACUGGCUGAGCACGGGUGGCGUGCACAUCGACAUGGGUAGUUAUGAAAAGAUCUACGACCUCAAGUCCCACUACGGGCUGCCUGAACGCAUUUUCCUGGACAAGGGCGGCGAAUACCACUUCUCCAUCUUCCUGACCGCUCGGGGUCACUCCUUCGAGAUGGGCACUGAUGUCGGCAGCGCCUUCAAGGUGCAGAGCAAAGUGUCGGUGGGCGUGGUGCUGGCUGACCCCAGCUGCACGGAAUCCUUGGUUAAGCAGAAGGUUCUCGUUAAACGCAACUCGGUCCUAUUCUUGGUUACUCUCAGGGAUAAAAGCCUUUGCUAUGACCAGGGCAUUAGUGGACAUCACCUCAUGAAGACUUCCAUGAUGGUCAAGGUGGUGGGUGCUUCAGGAUUCUGCUUCCAGGACACACACCUUGGGCCCCGCUUGCAAGGCAACCUGAUGGUGCCAGUGUUUAUCGGCUGUCCCCCAGGCAAGCGCCUGGCCUUCGACAUCACCUACACUCUGAAGUACAUGCGCCAGCAGAACAAACACUACUUCGACUGCAUGCAGGAGGACCCCGAGAUGCCCUGCUUUCUCUACCGUGACAUGUUCUACCCCUUCUUCUUGAUUCAAGAUUUGGUUACGGGAGACUCUGGAAGCUUUAAGGGAAGCUACGUGCUGAAGGUCGUGGGAGGCGGGCCCUCGCUGGACAGUAUGGUAGACUACAACGAGGAGGAAAUCUACCGCUACAACAGCCCCCUGGACAAAACAGGUAGCAGAAUCUGGACCACAAAGACCUCAGAGACCACCCACGACAUGGCCUUCUACAUCAUGUCUUAUGAGAGAUCCGGCAUCGAGUGGCUGUGUUUGGAGAACUCCCCAUGCUAUGACAUGACCCCCCAAGGCAUCAUCGCCCCUGAUUUCUUCUUCAAGGUGCUAGUGAGUAACAGAGGUGUGGACAACAGCACCUACUGCAACUACCAGCUCAUCUUCUUGCUACACAUCCAUGGGCUCCCACUCAGUGCUAAGCGGGCCCUCUUCAUUGUCAUUGUGUCGGCCAGUGUGCUUGUGGGCAUGGUGAUCCUCUACAUCCUCUUCUGCCUCCUGUGGCCCUACGCGGUGAACGCCUGCAACCAUCUCCGCUGGAGGAUCAAUAACAUCAUCGCCUCGGAAUCCUACUACACCUACGCCACCUCUUCCAGAGCCUUCAGCGUAUCAUCUCAGUCAAAUUUUGGGCCUUUCUCCCAGGUCCCCUCCGUAGAUGACUUCAAGGUCCAAGAUCAAAAGCACAAGGCUGAUUUGGAGCCAGCCGAGAAAAAGAAACCAUAGACCUGAGUCUACUACCUGCCCCAACCCUCACCUCCUUUAGCUCUGUCUUUAAAAAUGCAGCCUGUCACCUGCCCCUGCUUUUGUUUCAGUUUUGCUUGAAUGUUUACUUCUUUUUAGACUCAAAUAAAUCCUCAUUUCAGGACCAUCCAUGA